ACAAACAGCAGACAGGAACAAAGUGCUGUGUCUUCUGCAAAAGAUGCCAAAAUGUCUUUUUACUUUGAUUAGUCUAUUUAUGCUCUUACUCAGCUUCUCCACUCUUUGCCUGGGAGUACUUUGCAUGUCCACAGAUUCCUCUAUGUGCAGAUGUGGAAAAAACAAGAUAGUGUUUUAUUGCCUGUUAGCUUUGGGGCUCUUUCUCCUUGUUACUGGCAUUUUCUGGAGCACUUUCCAUGAAGCCCUGAAAUACAGGGCCCUUGGCAUCUUCAUUCGAAAUCCCAGCCACAGAGAACUGCAUGUCUGCACCAUAGACAGGCCUGACUUCUCUCCUCCCUCUUAUGAAGACAGCAUAGAUCAUGAAAAACUUGUGUCUCCACUGUCAGUUGCCUCCACACUAAAACAGCAAGAAUUCAUCAAUAUCCCUCUGCCUCCAUAUAGUGAAAGUAGUGCAGAGUUUGUCAGUGAAACAAAUGAGCAGGAACAGCCACCACCAUACACAUUCUCUGUGUAGCAGCAGCAAACAGCUGACCAAGACCCAAACCCCAGAGUGGGGUUAAAUUCUCAUCUAUCCACACAAGAAAUCAGUUGCCAACAGGAUACAGACUUCUAGAAGACCUCAGGAAGAGCAACACCUGUCAAAACAUGAGAGACAGGCAGCCAGUAA